UUCAAGUCGGUGCAGAAAGGGAGCAAAAAAAAUUCUUCUACCCGUACGUAAUUCCCUUCUUCUUUUUCACUAUCCCGGGUACUGGCCGAAUCUCCGUGCCACUUUACCGGCGAUGUUUCCGGCCACUCUCCCGGCUCUGACCUGACUACUUUUCAACCUUUCAGUCGCACUCUCUGUGGAAUGCUUCUGGGAAAUUCUUGAUUCUGGAGCUUUUUAUAAUCCGAUUUUAAACAUCCAGUUGAAUUUUUGGCUCUUUGAGACCUCGAUCAGUGAUAACUUUCCGUCUGCAUUGCUUAUUCCUUCUUUCUGUGUCGAUUGGAUGAAUGGCUUCUUUCUCUCUUUGAAUAUUCUCCUCUCUCCCGCCCUUUCUCGCUUCUUCUCUCUGUGUGUUCAUAUCCAUGGUCAUUGGCUUCUUCCUUCUUGAAACUUGGGAUCUUACCUUUCAAAUUUGCCCCCCCCCCCCCCCCCCNCUCUCUCGCUCUCAAGGUUGAAGCCUGCAACUAGAAACUUUAAGUGUUUUAAUGAAGGAAGUUCAAAGAAGAACAGCCCGUAAUAAAAUGGAAAAACCUUUCCCUGGAUGCUUGGGAAGAAUGGUAAACCUGUUUGACUUGGGUGCAGGCGUUAGUAGGAACAAGCUUCUGACGGAUAAGCCGCAUCGUGACGGUUCUGUACUCCCAAGAAGUCACUCAGAUGCAGUAAUUAUGACGAGUUCUUCACUUGACAGUCACAUAGAGGAUGGACUGGGUCACUCAAUUGGGAAGGCAAAUCAAACGCCCAUGAAGAUGCUCAUAGACCAGGAGAUGUCAAAAGAGGCUGAGUUUAAGAUUUCUUCCCCAAAUGUUGUUGCAAAGUUGAUGGGGCUAGAUACUUUGCCAGAGCAGCCUGGUUCAGCUGCUUAUAAAACACCUUCAAGAGGUUCCCCAUGUAUAGUUAAAGAAUCUAGGUUGCCACUAGAACGUAUAGAACAAGUUGAUGACUGUUUGGAGAAGGGCGCCCUGUGUGAAAUUCAUCAAAGCUCCGUAGACGUUUAUGAAAUAUGGCAGCAAAGUUUGAAAACAAAUUAUGAUAGAAAAAAGUUGCAUUAUGGAAAUUUUGACAAAAAUAUUGAUGAAAAAAAGAUUGCCCUUGUUCGUCAAAAAUUCACUGAAGCAAAACGUAUGGCUACAGAUGAGAAACUUAGGCAAUCUAAAGAAUUCCAAGAUGCCUUAGAAGUUCUGAGCUCCAAUAAGGAAUCGUUUGUCAAAUUAUUGCAAGAACCAAAUUCCUUGUUUUCUCAGCGUAGUUUUCAACUUUGUUCACUUCCUACAUCUCCUGAGAAGACGUGCAUCACUAUCCUUAGGCCCUCAAAUUUAGUUAGCACUGAAAAAAAAUUUGGGACGGGGAAAAGAUGUGAGAAUCAGAUGAGAAAACCGACUCAGGUCUGCCAUUCCACUGCACGUGACAAGCCCAGUAAUGUGCCUACUUUUUCAAACCAGAGAGUUGAUGAAUAUGUUCAACCCACACGAAUAGUGGUAUUGAAGCCUAACAUUGGUAAGAAUCAUGGUGUUAAAACUGUGGGAACUCAACAAGCUAGUUCAUCACCUGAUAAAACCUCUGGAAAUUUUGAUGAGGAAGCUGAGGGUGUCGAGGUGCCAGAAUUAGGGGAAGCUGCAACGGAGAUUUCUGAACAGUUGAGUGAAGGUCAAAUGGGACAUCAAAGGGAUGAAACUUUGAUUUCUUCUGUCUUUUCUAAUGGUUAUACUGGUGAUGAGAGUUCAUUUUACAAGUCAGAGAAUGAGUAUGCAGGGAGGGAUCUCAGUGACUUAGAAUUAAUGUCACCGUCUUCCAGGCAUUCUUGGGAUUAUGUUAACAAAUUUGAUAGCCCUUAUUCUAUUUCUUCCUUCAGCCGUGUUUCGUGUUCUCCAGAGUCAUUGGUUUGCCGUGAAGCCAAGAAGCGUCUCUCUGAAAGAUGGUCAACGAUCACAUCAAAUGCCAAUUCUCACGAACCGAGGCAUGUAAGGAGAAGCUCUAGUACAUUGGGUGAGAUGCUCUCUUUGUCAGAUCCAAAAAAGUCCAUCGAAUCUAUUGAUCAGAUAACCAAUGAGGAAGAAAAGCGGAGGGAGUUCGCAUCCUGCUUAAGUACUGACUUCAGUAAGGAAGAGAUUGAAAACUCUCCUAGAAGUCUCCAGAGGUCAAAGUCUGCACCAGUAUCUCCUUUGAUGUCACGUGGCAGACUAGGUUUUGAAGCUCCAAAGUCUGCUACGACAGAUGUUAUCCCAGAGAAAACUCAUCCGACAAAGGUUAAAUCAUCAUUUAAAGGAAAAAUUUCUAGUUUAUUCUUCUCCAGGAAUAAGAAACUGAACAAAGAAAAACAAAAUGCAUUUUGUAAAGAGGAAUUGGAUACUUCUGUUGUGGGAAUACUUGGAGCCUCUCCACCUCCUGGCAGGGUUGGUGAUAAUGCAUCUUGUGUCAACAAUACUCAACUUGAAGAAUGCUCAUUCUCUGCUCUGUGUAGAUCAUCAGAGACGUCUCCGGAUUUAACCAACACAUUGGGCGUGGUCUCUCUUGAGGCUGGGUUGCCUUUUGCAAGAAAUUUGAUGCCAGGAAAUGCCAGUGAGAACCUGGACAAUCCGUGUCCAUGCUCUGUUUUUGAACCACUAUUUGAUGAGGAUGACUUCGAGAUGUGCUCGUCUUCUGGCCAUAUGAAGCCAGACAUCAGAGGAAUUCAAGUGCCUACGAAGUCCAACUUAAUUGACAAAUCGCCUCCCAUAGAGUCCAUUUUUCGGACUAGGACAUGGGAAAAUAAAUAUUCAGAAAACACAGAUCCAUAUUUGGUUAAACCCUCGUUAGCAUGUGAAGAUACAGAAAAUGAGGAACAAAAGUGGCUCGGCCUUGUCAAAACUCUGCUCUCAGCCAAUGGCCUCGAUGACAGUGUGCAGUGCAACUCAUUUUUCUCAAGAUGGCAUUCUCUCGAUUAUCCAUUGGAUCCAUCACUAAGAGACAAGUUUGCCAACCUAAGUGCUAAAGAGCCAGAACAGGAGGCGAAACAAAGGCAAUCCAGUUCAAACUGGAAGCUCAUAUUUGACAGCGUCAAUGCCAUCCUGGUCGAUAUUGCAGGAUUUCGGUUGGAUAGGAGCACAAUGGCAAUGUCUUACAACUGGGUAAAUGCUGAUGCUCCCUCACAAGCUUUGGUGGACAGUGUGUGGGACAGAUUGAAGGAUUGGCUAUCGUGCGAAACACAUUGUGUUGGUUUUGAGAUUGGGGACAUUAACAGCCUGGUGGUAGAGAGGAUGGUUCGGAAGGAGGUUGUGGGGAAGAGCUGGAUUCAGCAAUUACAAGAGGAAAUGGAUGAUUUAGGGAAGGAAAUAGAAGGGAAAUUGCUGGAAGAACUUGUGGAAGAGGUGCUGCUUAAUUUGACAGAAGAAAAUGAGGAAGAACGGAAAUAUUGCUGCUACAUUGAAACCAGUCACCUGUACCAUGUCCAGCAGAGGACGAAUUGAGAUGUGCUGCUACUCUGGAACCAAUCACAAAGAGCCAGCAUGACUACCUCUGGAUAAAGCAGGUUUGUAUUGAUACCGUAGAAAUAAUAGUAUAAAGUUUGUGGAGGGUAAAAUUGUAUAGAUAGCCAACUUGAAUAGUUCAACAUGGUUCAACUAAUAUAGGUUUAAUAUUCAAAUUCUAUAUCCGUUGUUGGGAUUAUAAUAUAAAACACUUGGAAAUUGUGAUAUAAUACUUUAAAGAAGUAAAAAGAAUGAAUGUGAUAAAUGAUAGAAAAAAAGUUGAUUUGUUUUUUUUUUUGGAACAAUUUGAUUUUCUUUUUUUCCUUUUUUGUAACAAAAAGUUCUGUUCUUCCACAUGAAUGUUGCGACUAAAUGAUAAAAGGUUAAUUAAGCA